AUGGAUAUCAACGUCGACAAAUAUCCCGCCAAGAGCCACGCCAAACGCGUUGCGGAGAAGCUCAGUGCCGCGGGGCAUGGCUCGUCCGGCAUCAUCUUCGUCGAGGGCCAGAAGGAGCAUAUCAUAGACGACAGCGAUGAGCCGUUCCACUUCCGUCAACGACGGAACUUCCUCUACCUCUCCGGCUGCCUCGAGGCCGACUGUUCCGUGGCAUAUAACAUCGAGAAGGAUGAACUCACCCUGUUCAUUCCCCCAAUCGACCCGGCAUCGGUCAUGUGGUCAGGUCUCCCCCUUGAACCUGCCGAAGCCAUGAAGCAGUUCGAUGUGGAUGUCGUGCUUCCAACCACAGAGAUAAACAACUACCUCGCAAAAUGCGGUGUUGAGAAGGUCUUCACAAUUGCAGACCGAGUCUGCUCGGAAGUUUCUCUUUCCUCGUUCAAGCAAAACGAGUCAUCGGCCUUGAAGACUGCCAUUGAAAGCUGUCGUGUCGUCAAGGACGAGUACGAGAUUGGCCUUCUUCGACGUGCGAACGAGGUCUCGAGCAAGGCCCAUGUCGAAGUGAUGAAGUCUGCAACCAAGGCGACAAACGAACGGGAGUUCUAUGCUAAGCUGAACUACGUAUGCAUGGCAAAUGGCUGCUCAGACCAGUCUUAUCACCCCAUUCUUGCCUGUGGUCCCAAUGCUGCUACUCUUCAUUACGUGAAGAACAAUGCCGACCUGACCAACCCAGCUACCGGUGUUAAGGACCAGCUGCUCCUCAUCGAUGCUGGAUGCCAGUACAAAGCUUACUGCGCUGAUAUCACCCGUGCGUUCCCUCUUUCAGGGAAGUUCUCUCCAGAGGCUCGCCAGAUCUACGACAUCGCCCUGGAGAUGCAGAAGGUCACAUUGGGCAUGAUUAAGCCUGAUGUUCUGUUCGAUGACCUCCACGCCAUGGCCCACCGAGUUGCCAUCAAGGGACUGGUGAAGAUCGGCAUUCUCACUGGCUCUGAGGAUGAGAUCUUUGACAAGGGAAUUAGCGCUGCAUUCUUCCCCCACGGCCUCGGCCACCAUCUCGGAAUGGAUACUCAUGAUGUUGGAGGCAACCCUAACCCGGCUGACCCCAACCGCAUGUUCAAAUACUUGCGUCUCCGUGGUACUAUCCCAGAGAGGUCUGUUGUGACUAUUGAGCCUGGUGUCUACUUCUGCCGCUACAUCAUCGAGCCUUUCCUCACCAACCCAGAAACGAGCAAAUACAUCAAUACUGAUGUGCUAGACAAAUACUGGACCGUCGGAGGUGUACGUAUCGAAGACAACGUCGUUGUCCGCGCCAAUGGCUUCGAGAACCUGACCACGGUACCGAAGGAGCCGGAGGAGGUGGAGCGCAUCGUCCAAGAAGGCGCUAACUAA